UUGCAUCCCCUCCUUUCUCGACCCACCCUGGGAUGUUUUCCUGCACCCCUGGCUAUUUGCUGCUGCUUCCAAAACCAGCAGGGAAGUGAUGCCAAAGCCCACGGAGCAGCGGAGGCUGGAGCGCGGCCCUGAUUCCCACUGUCCGUGGCCCCAUCUCCCUCCUGGGCUCUGGGCCACGUGUGACACCUCCUCCUCCUCCUCGCUGUCACUGGGUGCUGCUGGCUGUGCUAAGGGGCUGAGCCCCCGGGUUUGGGGGCUGAGCCACAGUCACCGAGCCCAGCAGUGGGAUUUGCUGGGGAGGAGGCUGUGGAAGGGACUCCCCUUACCUUGGGAUCAGCACAGAGAGAACCAAGUUGCAGCUUUCCCCCUUUUAAAAGAUUUUAAAAUUUUAUUUCAUUAUAUAUACAUUAUAUUCAUUAGGUCUUUGUGCAUGCUUUUGGAGCUAUCCCAGAGGAUCUUUUGGAGCCAUCCCAGAAGAUCUUUUGGAGCUAUCCCAGAGGGUUUUCUUUCCUGUGCUGCUGCAGGAGGGCAGAGCAGCAGAGCCGCGGCAUCCCUGCGAUCGCACCAUGCCCCUCUCCCGCCACACCGGCCAAAUCCCGGAGUCCACCUGGACCUUGGGCUUCAGGGAGAUGACGGAGCCCUGGAAAGGCGCCGUGGGCUGCCUCGGCGUGGCCGUCUUCUUCGCCAUGACCAUCGGCAUCAUCUCGUGGCAGGCUGUGGAGCAGCCCCCGGAGGAGUGGGUGCUGCGGGGCCGGGCUGCGGGGAUGCUGUGGGAGCGCGGCCGCGGGGCGCUGCUGCUGCGGGCGCUGCCGGCCGGCCGGCCCGUGCUGGCCAUCGCCGUGGGCAGCGUGCCGGCCGCCGAGCCCCCGCCGCCCCGGGACCGCUGCUGGCACGACGGAGGCCAGUUCUGCUAUUCCUGGGAGGAGGACGCCGAGCUCCGGCUGUCCCUAGAGCCGCCGGCAGCCCCCGGAACCGAGUGCUACGGCGUCCGCUGGACCCCGCUGCGCCCCGACGUGACCCUGAAGGAUUGUUUUUCCAUGGCCAAUGUCUCCUGGUAUGGAGGGCCGAGCAUCCGUGCCCAGCGCUGGCCCCUCAACAGCGCCGAGAGCCCCGCGCAGCCCCUGGUCAGCGGCGACCUCAGCGCAAACCCCGCUGGCUUUGGACCUAUCCUGGAGAGAUACUUCCUGGGAUCCACAGGAGUGACGGUGACAGUGGCUCCCGACGUGUCCCUGCUCCUGUCUCUGGAGAGCCACCGGCAGUUCUGCCUGGAGACGCCGGCGGGACGAGCGGAACCCCUGCACUACCAGCUCUGUGUCAGCGCCGACGUGGCGGCCGCCCACCGGCACACGGCCGGGGCUCCGGCAGGAGCGGCUCGGACACUGCCGGACACGGCACUCCUGGGGUCUCCGAUCUGGCGCUACCAUGGCCCGGAGGGUUCUGCUGCCAAAAUCAAGCGAGGCCUGAGGUCGUUGGUGAGGAGGCUGAAGCGGCAUCGCCUUCAGGAGGGCGUUGUGGCCCUGGGGGAGCGCGGCACUGCCGUCCUCGCCGCCGCGGACCUGGUGCCCUCAGAGCGCAGGAAGAGGCAGGCCCCAGCACUGGUGGAACCUCUGGAGCUCUCCAUCACGCUGUCCCCGUACGCUGGCGUCACCUCCUCGCUCUUCCUGCGUUCCCUGCGUGGCGGCGAGGCCGCUGGAUACUGGCUCAGCCGCCAGCCCCGACCCGGGGCCAGCUCGAUCCCGCUGCUGACCACCUGGAAGGGGCAGCUCUGCGCCCGCCUGAACGUCACCAGCGAGGCAGCGCUGGGCUGGUACCUGGCUCGUGCCCGGCGCCUGCGGCAGGCGCUGGGGGCCACCUACGUGGCCUUCGAGGGAGUCGAGGGCAAUUCCUUCCUGGAGCAGGAUGUCCCUGCUCCCGCCAAGCUGGCGGGUGAUGGAUACACCGAGGUGCUGGCGGCGGCGCUGGCGACACUGGGCAACAACACAAUCAUCAGCGCCGGGAGCAGAUCCAGUCACCUCCCACUGUUUGUCCAGAUGAGCCCCCUGCGCUCCGACUGGAGCCACGCUGGGCUGAAGGGGCUCAUCCCCUCCGUGCUGCACUACAGCCUCCUGGGCUACAACUUCCUUAUCCCUGAUGCAGUAGGAGGGAGCGUGGCUGGAGCUACCCAGGGGGACCCGGAGCUGUUUGUGAGGUGGCUGCAGAUUGUGACAUUCCUGCCCGUGAUGGCCUUUGGGACCCCGCCCUGGCUCUGCUGUGAUGCCUGGGUCCUGAAUCUGACCCGCCAGUGCAUCCAGAGGCACCGGGACUUUGUCGUGCCUCUGCUCCUAAAAUACAGUGAGGAGUGGCAGAGUUUGGGAUUCCCCAUCUUCCGUCCUGCCUGGUGGCUCAGCCCCACGGAUCCAGUUGCAUUCACCAUAGAGGAUGAGUUUCUCAUUGGAGAUGAGGUCCUGGUUGCUCCAAUAACAGAAAAGGGACAAACGUGGAGGGACAUCUACCUGCCAGGAGAGGGGCAUCUCUGGCUGGACACCAACAGUGCCCGAGUGUUUGAUGGUGGCACCACGCUCAGGAAUUACUCUGCCAGCCUGGCCGAGGUGCCAGUGUUUGUAAAGACCUCCUGAAUUCAGGCUGGGCAGCUCUGGGACAGAGACCUCCGAGGGCAGCGCUACCCUCAGACUUCCAGCCUCUUUGCACUUUUCCCAGAUCAUUUUUUUUUUUGUUGUUUUAUUUUGUUUUUUACUUCAGCAGAAAUUAUCUGAAUUUUCUUACUCGUUGUUAUCCUAAAGCAGUGGCUCUGCCACCAACAUCCAUCCCCACCAAAUGCUGCAUUUUUUCCAGGGUUUUCCCUGUGAAAUGUCUGUGUGUGUAUGUUCAGGUGGGCAUAUCCAGCAUUUCCAGGUCCCUGGCACCGUGCUCAGAGAGGCAGUGAUAUGAUUUUCCAGGAGAUAAACAUCAGCUCAUACCUGAGGGGAAGUUUUGUAUUUAAUGAAAAAAUUAAGUCUAGGGAAAAAUUAACAGGAUAAUUUUGGUGCUGUGUGUGGCCACCUCCUGUGCUGAGCAAUGCUGCUCCCACCCGAGGCUGUGUGUGGCUUCUAGGUGGCAAGAGCUCACCUUCUGAGUAUAUUUGGGAAAAUGAGUGAAUUCCAGGUGUAUUUAAAGCAGGUUUCUGUGGAAGAAAAAUAAACUUGAUCAAGCGGA